GCAACUCCGCUGCGAGGCGGGGCGGCGUUUUUGCAAUUUUGAAUGCCAUGCUGCUCGUCGGCGGAAGUGGAACUCAUGGUGGAAAUACCAACAGCAACCAGAAGAACAGUUUCAGUUCCUCUUCCUACUCCGCGACUGUGUCCCAAUCUUCGCAAAUUCUGAAACUCGGUGAGUUCCCGCACCUUGGCGAGUGUCGGGGCGUGAAGAAGGCCACUCAGGAACGCUGCGGAAUGGUGAUCAACUUGGAACGGUGCCCCACCGGCUACUGCAGCUUUCACGGCGGGGGGCCGAAGCUCUACCGGGGCGGAGGCGGUCCUGCUGGUGGACCAUCAAAUAAAGCUUUCGGCAACACUACUAGACCAGGCGUCGCAACUACAUCUUCUGGACCGAGCCGCGCGGCGGUUAAUGUUGUUCCACCAAGCAAAGAGGCGAUCGAGGCCCUACCGGAGCACUUGAAGCCAGCGGCCAUGCGGAAGCCCGGGACUUUUCGCGGGAUCGGCAACAUUUUCGACCAGAAUAUUUCAUCAACGGCGGGUGCUCCUGCUGUGAAGAAACACAAACCUGGAAAUCCAGCGUCGGGAGCUGGCCCUUCUACAACAGCCACUACAGUUUCCGGAACGACGAAGAGCCUGACGCUCGGAGGUGGCACGGUCCCGCAAGCGCCUCAAAACUCUUCGUCGAACGCGCGCUCUGGCGGGGGAGCAGCGGCGGCCCCUACGCAGGGCAGGCCGCCUGCUCCGUCGACUGGUGGACCAGGAGCAAAAACCGUCCCUGGUGCAGCUGUAGACACGAUUGAGGCGAGGCACAGAAUCAAAAAAAAGGAUCCCCUGAAGAACAAUGCGUUGAUGCAAAUGGCCAUUGCGGGAGGUGGAGGUGGACCGCGAAGUAAAGUUGCGGACAGGACGAACAGGCCUGCGGCACCAGCGAUUGUGAAGCCAGCUGCAGGCACAGCUGCAUCGAACGCGAGGAAUGCUGCUAUGGUACCUAGCAGUACGCGAAGUCUUUUCAACACGGCUGGCGGUCCUGGUUCCAAGCAAUUGGUUCCUGUAGUGGCACCUCAGGUUGCAUCGCAACCACGGCACAACCCUCAACCUGCAGACAGACCGACAAUGUCCAGGAUGAUCAUGCCUCCCGCUCAGUUUCAGCGGCGCAAUGUGGAAGAACUCACACACUCGGAAAGGAUAUCCGGUGUUACGAACCCACCGGGCAACCAGAUGAGUUCUUCGGGUCCUGUGCCUACAAGAUCCACACCAGCAGACAGUAGCGCAGGCCGUUCUCUGGUUUUCAACCUUUCUGCCAAUUCCACCACAGCGUCAAGCAACAAGCGUUCCCGCGAGGAACUGCUAGCCGAAGCGAACACGGCGUUUCUGGCUCAGACGCUGCAGAAACGAGGCGGCCUGGAAGAUGAUCCGGAAGAUGCGCGUAGCGCCAAACUUUCCAGAGUCGCUACAAUUACCGGCGCAGCGACCGUUGUUUCUAAAAGGCACGCUCCCGGCUCUGGCGCGAUGAACCGCCGUACGAAUGCGUACGCGCUUCGCGGGGCGGAGAAUCAUCGGAAGGAAAUUCUAGCCGUGAAGAAGCCUGGUGGUGCUGGAUCCUCCACUAGUCUUGUGUCCUCCGGCGCAGCUGGAACCACGAAUUCCACUGCGGACGAUCAAACCGCUUCUGCAACAAGCGGCGCAGCACGACCCCGCCUAGCGACCGACGAGAUUUCCCGGCAGCGCAUGGAGGCUCUGUACGGGCCCAGUGUCGCGGCACAGAUGGCGUCUUUCGACACGUCCAAGUUGAACAAGGCGGAAACUAAAGCGGCGGAUUUGGUCGAAAAGGAAAAGAUAUCAAAUGUAAACGUGUCUGGGUCUGGAAGAAUGCAACUUGUCAUGCUAUUUUCGGAUCCUAAAAACAUUUGUAUUGCAUGACCAGGAAGAAGAGCUCAUUUUGUGCUACGUGGGAAGGACAUUUGUGAUGCGGAAUAGGCAUCAGGAUGCCCUCCAAAAAUCUGUGAUGCUAGGUGAUGCUUUACAAGCAUCAUGGGUCAUGCAAAAUAUGCAUGACAAACCUGGCGACCUUCCAGACCCAGACGCUUUUGCAUUUGAUAAAAGAUCAAGCAGGUGGACACGCGGCUGGCCACCAUGGAACAGCAGGACGUGGAGCACGAGACGAAAUUGGAGGUCAAAUCCCUCCCGGUGACCGCGUAUUACUGCAAGCAGUGCAACAUUCUGACUGAAUAUGUCCGUUCGAAGCUGGCGUGCGAGCAGCAGGGGCACACGGUGGAAAUCUGGCGGGACGUCACGAAGGAGCGGAUCCAGUGCCAGAAGUGCAAGUUCUCGACGCACAUUUUGAGUGGCCGGUUCCCGAAGCGGUGCAACAAGUGUCGGGCGGAAAACAUGUGGCGUAAGGUAACCUUCUACGCGGAGAAGAAGUCGCAGAGCUUGGCGGAACUGCAGAAUGGCGGAGCGGGUGGAGAGAACGCAUUCUCCGCCCGCGGAAGCGCGCACGAACGCGCUCUGGAAUUUGAGGAAAAGAGGGAAGCGGCGGAGGGAGAUCUGGAGGGGUUUGGGUAUCGUGGCCUGUGAGUUUGAGAUGAGCAGCAUGAAGAUGAAGAUCAAGUGAAGCGAUCGUCUUCUACUAGCAGCUACCACGACAGGAACCCUUUACCAUUGUUGUUGUGCUGCAGUCCUGUCGUCCGCAGAUACCAUUACUUAUCAGCCUUUCAUCACAAUUUUCGCAUUGGAUUACGAACCUCCAUCUUCAACCUCUACCUCAAGAAUGGUCUUCGUGGUCCACAGGCAGCAUACCAGCUAUGCCAGCAUUGCU